ACAAUUUUAUAAGCAAAUGUACGCGAACACGUUUAACUGGCUUAUGGAAUUCUCGAAAUUGGCAGCACUUUAUCAUCAGCUGUUUGCCCAAAAGAAUGAAUGCCGCAUUGUUGCAAAUUCAUUUAUUUUACAACUUUGGGCAUAUGGUGUUUUAAGAGCUUAUAAGUUAGUUGAUAAUAAAUUAAAAAAGUGUAAAAGCUAUUUAUAAUGUCCACAACCCGCGAGGUGAUUGCUUUACAGUUUGGUAAUUAUUCCAACUAUAUUGGAACACAUUGGUGGAAUAUACAGGAGUCUAGUUUCAGUUACAAUCCUGAAGAUGCACCCUCAGAAAUUAAUCAUGACGUUUUGUACAGAGAAGGUGUAAAUUUAAAUAAGCAAGUGACAUAUACACCCCGUCUACUGCUAGUCGAUUUGGACGGUUCAUUGAAGCAUUUACCACGUGAGGGCGAACUUUAUGGCAACAGUGUCAAACGUGCGACAGAUGAUAGUGCUGGUGAUCCGCUGAAGAAAAUUAAAGAAGAUCUUGAGGAUCUCUCCACCGAUGUUGAGAUUGUACAACAGCCACAAGCUGACAAACAUGAUUUCCAAAAAGACCUUGAAAAUCCUGUUGUCGAUAUACAAGAACAGAAUUACAAUUUAGCUGAUAAUGUUGAAACAUGGACAGACUAUCUCUAUGCUCGCUACCACCCACGCACUGUAAAUAUAAUUAAUGAAUAUAAAUACGAUACGGAAAAGCAAACAUUUGAUACAUUCUCAAGUGGUGUACAACUCUGGAAGACUGAACAAUUUGAAUAUGAUUUCUGUGACAAAAUACGACAAUAUGUAGAAGAAUGCGAUUAUAUGCAAGGUACUCAAGUAUUAUUUGAUUGUUUCAAUGGCUACACAGGCUUAGCCACAGAAUGUAUGGAAUAUCUGAACGAUGAAUAUAGUAAGGCGAUCUUUGCAAUACCAGUGUACUCACCACGGAAUACGCUCUUUGAAAAUGCAGAUGAACCUAUGACAGACUCCAUACGCGUGGUAAAUAGCGCGUUGGCGUUCCAUAAACUUAGUGAGCAAGCAUCAUUAUUUGUGCCGCUUGGCACAUGUGAUCGUGUGUGGCGUCAGUUGGGCGCCGCGCGUCCAUUAAGCGCACUUAAUUACAAAGCUGAUAAUUUGUAUCAAACUUCUGCCAUACUCGCUGGAUACUUAGAUACGAUUACCCUACGUUAUAGACUACGCAAUGCUCCCAGCGCAUACUCCCUAGCAGGCUUCUGUGGUGACUUGACCAACUAUGGCCGCAAAUUAGCUUCCGCUGCUUUCGCUAUGCCUUUCCCAAUGCAGCAUGAUAUGGACCUCAUUGAUUGUUUAGAUAAAUUCGAAGGACCUCUCUUCACAUCACUUACGCCAAAUUGUAAUAUAGGCACUGAUUAUAUUAUACAAUCCUUGUGUGUACGUGGUAUAGCACGUGAACGACUCAAGCAACCUUUAGAGAAGGCAAAAGAGCAAAUGCGUAUGGCAGCAUAUAAAUGUGAUAGCGUUUCAGAAAUGUUCCAAUUAUAUCUACAAUGUGCCAACCAUGCGAGUAUGUCGCAUGUAGCAUCAGUUUCGAUGGCCAUCCCAACGCGUAUACCUUUUCCAAAUGAAAUUUUCACUGAUGAAAUGACAAAAUUGGGUUUUCUUUCAACAACAGCAAGAAGACUAGCAGAAGAGAAGGUCGUUUCUGUGCCCGCCCUGGCUGCUGUGCAGUCAUCCAGCGAGCUUGGUGAUACCUUAGAGACACUACACCGUGAAGCCAAGCGUGUGAAAAUCGCUAAAUUGCAUCGGUUUAGAGCAGCGGGUUUGGAAGAGGACGAUUAUAGAGAUGCGCUCGAGCAACUACUACUCUUCAAAGACAAUUAUGAAGAUAAUUUUGAGCUGUAACGUAUAUUCAGGGUUAUGCUGAAGCGCAAAUACUCAGGCUCCCAAAACAAGUGCAUGUACAACGAAAUGCAGUAGUAAUAAGAUUUAGUAUAUAAGUACAUUGUUAAGUACGUAGCUAGUACCUAGUAGAUAGUUCAAGAAAAAUAUGUAUUUAAUGAUUUAACUGACGGAAAGAAAAUAAAUAAAUGCCUUAUUUAUAACACUAUA